ACAAAAAAAACAUUUGUCAUUUGAAAGCUCAGAGGGCAUAAGCAAUAUUGUGCUUUUCCUGAAUUUGAUAUGAGAGAAGGUCGAAAAACCCCUAACUCAAACAAUUACAUCAUACACUUUACAACACGCAUAAAUCGAAGUGGUGUCAGGGAGUCAAACAAAGGAGCGGGACUGUGCACAGAAGGAGCUCUGUCGACUUUUCAGAUAACCUGCUGAAAUAUUUGGCUUUGAGGAUGUUGCACAACAUCAGCAACCAAACAGAGGACAGCUUCUCCUGCUACAGCGCUUCAGUGGAAGGGUACCGCUACUUUGCCGUGCUGUGGGGGUGCGCAGUCACCAUCACGGGCACGCUUGGGAACCUGCUGACCAUCUUAGCCUUUGCCUUCGACUCCCAACUGCGGACCCGCUUCAACGUUCUCAUCGUCAACCUGGCUCUGGCUGAUCUUCUCUACUGCACCAUACUGCAGCCCAUCUCCGUUGACUCCUACCUGCACCUCAGAUGGCGCAGCGGCGAGCUCUGGUGCCGGACCUUCGGCCUGCUUCUCUUCCUGUCCAACUCUGUCUCCAUUAUCACCCUCUGUCUGGUGGCGAUGAGUCGAUACCUCCUGGUUGCAAAGAGGGCCUUGUUUGAACGUGUUUUUUCCAACCGGGGGCUCGUUUCCCUCCUGCUGUCGACAUGGGCGCUGGGCCUGGCCAGCUUCGGCCCGCUCUGGUCCGUUUUUGUGUUUGUGCCUCAGGUAUGCACUUGCAGCUUCCAUCGAAUCAGGGGUCGCCCUUACACCACCAUCUUGCUCUUUUUCUACUUCUUCGUGGGACUGAGCUGCGUCGGCACGUUCUACCUCCUCAUUUACCGUCGCGUCCGUGUUGCGUCAAAGGCCCUGCUUCGCCACAGGUUCAGCCGGCGAUCUUCCAAGAAAAAGCCAGCACCGGCCAAUGAUGACAGCGGUGUGGAGAGCGGGAUGGCCACCGGGAGUACCGAUCUGACCCAUCACAGCAAAUCUGAUGUCAUCAGCGACAUUGCGUCCCAAAUAACACUGAAUGAGCCAGCAAAACAAAUUGAAGAGAGCAAGCCAAAAACUGAAAGUGUCAAUAAGCCAGAAUCAAACCCAGCUGCAGCAUCCCACACAACCACCUCAGGAGAGGAUACAGAAUUCAAGCGUGUGACACGCAUGUGUUUUGCGGUUUUCCUGUGUUUCGUCUGUUGCUUCGUCCCUUUCCUAAUCCUCAACAUUGUGGAUAAGCAAGGCCGUGCCCCGCAAGUGCUGCACAUGUUCUGCGCAAAUCUCACCUGGCUCAACAGCUGCAUCAACCCACUGCUCUACGUGGUCAUGAACAGACAAUUUCGAAAGGCCUAUCAACUGCUCCUCACCAGGGCCGUGACACCUUUUACAUAUUUCUGGGUUAAGAGCGCCUGAAUUUCCAAACGUGAAAAAAUAUCCCGAUUAUACUGUACCAAAGUUUGAUCUUACUUUGAAAUUCAUAUUUCCGUCGUUACAUCAUGAGUCACGCUAUGAAUGAAAC